AUGGUCGCCCAUUGCAAAGCCCCGAUAUGGGGUGCCGAUGAUUUUUCACCCUGCUUCGAGCACGACUAUCUUCAAACACUAUUCCCCCUCAUCGUCUGCGGGGUGUCCCUCUUUUAUCUUUCGAUACAGGUUUACUACGCAGCCAAAAAGUCAAAACGCUACCAUGCAUAUACUGCCCUGGGCGACAUCCAGCAUGGUUGGUCGCCACGCACCCCGCAGUACAAUGACGACGACGGGAGCAAUACUGAAGAAGACGAUGAGUUCGAGCGCAGCGAGCACCUUGCUCUCCACCCGACCAUCAGUCGACAGACCAUGUCAACCAUGGCCGUAAAUAAACCGCGAGGCGAGGUUACAGUGGUGGUGCUGGAAGAGCUGGCUGUGCUGGCGGAGCUGGGCGUACAUGCUGCCGUGUUCUUCACGGAAGCGUGGGGCCACAAGGGCCGGACGGCGGCCAUUUCGAGCAUCGCCGUUUGGACAUACAUCGCCACCCUAGCGUCGUUACGACUGCUCUUUUCGAGCACCCACAAGUGGUCCUUUCCCCGAUUGUGGUAUCACACUGCCUUCAUUUACGGCUUCCAGUGGUGUUUCGCAAUCCUCAUCUUUCGUUCUGCCAUCAUACAUCCUCGGUCAACCCUUUCUCAAAAGUUUGCAAUCGUGGAUUUUGCCUUGAUAACGCUCCUUCUUACCAUUGCAUUGACCUCUCGAAAGGGCAACAAGGCGGUUGAAUUGGAGUACGAAGGGGACAUUGAACCGGCCCGAGAACCCAUCGCUAGCGUUCUCUCACUUGCUACGUUUGGAUGGGUGGAUGCUAUUGUAUGGAAAGGAUUCAGGAAAACAUACGAGCUUGACGAUGUGUGGAAUCUACCUCCAAGAGACAAGGCAGGGGCCGUGAUCGCGAACUAUCGACAAGUGAAGAAGACUUCAAUAUUGGCUUGGCACCUCCUGAAAUAUUUCAAAAGAGGGCUCUUGAUUCAAGCUAGCUGGGCGGUCCUAUCUGGAUUCCUUACUUUUGCGCCUACACUCCUCCUCAAAGCGAUUCUAGAAUAUGUGGAAGAGCCCGAGCUCACUCCGAAAAACGCUGCAUGGUUCUAUGUCAUUCUCCUCUUCGUUUCAGGGUGCGCCUCCGCUCUCGCUGACGGACAGGCGUUGUGGCUGGGUCGGAAAAUCUGCAUUCGGCUGCGUGCUGUCAUUAUUGGCGAGAUCUACGCGAAGGCGUUGAAGCGAAGGGUAUGCACAGGUGCAGAGAAGGUUCUGGGUGAGGAGAGAAAGAAGUCGGAGGAUAACAACGAACUCGGACGCCUCAAGCGAAUGAUGACUUUUGGACGGAAAAAGAAAAAAGCAACGGAGGGUCCAAAGCAGGAGGAAGCGCCGAAGCCGGAAUCCGAUUCUCAAGUUACCACUGGGGCGAUCAUCAAUCUCAUGGCCGUGGAUGCAUUUAAGGUCAGCGAAAUUUGUGCAUAUCUUCACUUCCUGUGGGCAAACACUCCUGUUCAAGUCAUCGUAGCUGUCGCUCUUCUCUAUCGUAUCCUUGGUUACAGCUCGAUUGCGGGUGUUGGAAUGAUGGUCGUGCUGUUGCCCAUCAAUCUCUACGUUUCAAAGCAAUUUGCUAAAAUCCAGAAACUGAUUCUGGCCGCUACUGAUGCAAGAAUACACACGACCAAUGAGGUCCUAAGCAAUAUCCGCAUUAUCAAGUACUUUGCUUGGGAGCAGCGCUUCAUCGGCCAAGUGAAUGAAAAAAGGUAUACCGAACUUAAGUAUCUGAGGCGAAGAUAUAUUCUCUGGGCUUUUGCAGCGACCAUCUGGUCUGGGUCGCCUGUUUUGAUUACUUUUCUGUCAUUCCUGGUAUACACCAAAGUCGAGAAGAAGGAUCUCAUUCCGUCCGUCGCAUUUACCGCCCUUUCACUCUUUCAGAUCCUUAGGAUUCCCCUCGAUCAGCUCGCGGACAUGGUUGCACACGUUCAGGAAUCAAAAGUAUCUGUAGAUCGUAUCGAGGAGUAUUUAAAUGAGCCGGAAACUGACAAGUACUCACAACUUGUGACACAUAAAAAGGACGACAAUGGCGAGCCUAUCAUUGGAUUCGAAAACGGCACCUUUGCCUGGGGCGGAAAAGACAUGCAAGACAAAGCUACGGCUGAAGCAUUCAAGCUCAUGGAUCUUGAUAUCAAGUUCAAAGUGGGAGAGCUCAAUGUUGUGGUUGGCCCUACUGGAUGUGGAAAGACUUCACUCCUCAUGGCUCUCCUUGGCGAGAUGACCAAACUGAAAGGAGAUGUGUACCUGCCGGGAGGCAGUAGCCGAGAAGAUCUUAAGAUUGACCCUGAGACCGGUCUGACAGAGAGCAUCGCUUACUGUGCCCAACAACCUUGGCUCGUUAACGGCACUGUUAAGGAAAAUAUUGUCUUCGCAAGUGCGUGGGAUGCGAAGAGGUACAAGGAUGUCCUCGUGGCUUGCUCCCUGCAACGAGAUCUCGAAAUCCUUGAUGCAGGUGAUCAGACCAUCGUAGGCGAGAAAGGUGUCACUCUAUCGGGAGGCCAGAAGCAGCGCAUAUCCCUUGCCCGUGCGUUAUAUUGCAAGGCUCGCCACGUCCUUCUCGACGAUGUUCUCAGCGCUGUCGACUCUCACACCGCCAAGUGGAUCUUCGAUCAGGCUCUCCUGGGCCCACUCAUGUACGACCGAACCGCCAUUCUCGUUACACACAACGUCGGACUUUGCCUUCCUCACUCCGAAUUUGCCGUGGUUCUGGACAAUGGCAGGAUUACUGCCCAAGGUACACCAACCGAAGUGAUAAACUCCGGAAAGCUUACCGAAGACCUUUCUAAGUCCGGACCGGUUUCACGAGGCCCAUCGAGAGUUCCAUCGCGAGUUCCGUCUGAUGUCGGUGGCGAAGAAGCAGUAGGUGAAGUUAGUAGUGCGAAUGGAAAUGCGAACGGCAACACAAACGGUUUAGCUGAUCCCAAGAAAAUACCAACAAGCAAUACCCAGGGGGAAACCAAGGCCGAGGGAGGUGUUAAGCUUAGUCUCAUCAUCAUGUAUCUCCGAGCAAUGGGCCCGUGGUAUUACUGGAUUGGCGCAUCAUUCGUCUUCGCUGCACAACAAGGCUCUUCAGUCGCCACCAACGUUUGGAUUAGGACGUGGGCAAAUGCGUAUGCAGAGAAGCGUGUUCAGUACUUAGGAUACCAUCACCGAACCCCAGUCACUCAUGCUCCUGCACUUAGCGGUCUAGGAACUUGUCUAUCUAGUGGUACUUGCAGUUGGAACAUUCCGUUCCUUUCUCAACCCGGCCGUGAACAUCACGGAUACAACCUGAUGGAUGCUGGCUUCACGACCACGAAUUCCGAAGUCGACUCCGGGUAUUUCCUUGCUGUCUACGCUAUCCUUGGGCUCGUUUUCAUGUUCAUUACCUUCCUUCGAGAAGGAUUUCUUUUCGGAGGGUCUCUCGCUGCAUCCUACAGGGUCCACCAGAAGCUUAUUGAAGCUGUUACUCACGCCAAAUUCCGAUUUUUCGAUCAGACGCCGCUCGGCCAGCUUAUGAACCGAUUCUCUAAGGACAUUGAAUCAGUGGACCAGGAAGUUGCUCCCGUCGCCAUAGGUGUUGUCCACUGUCUUGCCUCGAUCAUUACCAUCGUUAUUCUAAUUUCCGUCAUCACUCCUGGCUUCCUGAUUGCUGGCGUAUUCAUUACUGUUCUUUACACUCUAAUUGGGCGAUUCUAUAUUAAUUCCUCGAGAGAUUUAAAGCGCUUGGAGUCUGUUCACCGAAGCCCUCUGUAUCAGCAAUUUGGAGAGACCCUAUCCGGCAUGACGACGAUACGAGCUUACGGAGACCAGAGAAGGUUUAUCCGCGAGAACGUCCACAAGAUCAAUACUCAGCAUAGACCCUUCAUCUACCUUUGGGCUGCUAACCGAUGGUUGGCCUUCCGCGUAGAUGUUGUUGGCGCAAUGGUCUCAUUUUUCGCUGGUGUCUUCGUGGUUCGUAAUGUCGGGGUCAUUGAUGCCGGCGCGGCUGGUCUAGCCCUGACCUAUGCCGUCACAUUCACCGAGAAUGUGUUGUGGUUUGUUAGACUCUACUCCGCCAAUGAGCAGAAUAUGAACUCGGUCGAGCGUAUCAAGGAGUAUCUUGACGUAGAACAAGAGGCUGCUCCCAUUGUUGAGGAUAAUCGGCCGCCAUCCAAUUGGCCAGCUCACGGCGCUGUUGAAUUUAUCGGCUACAGCACGAGAUACAGGCCAGAUUUUGAUCUGGUCUUGAAGAAAAUCACGUUCAAGAUCCGCCCUGGUGAGAAGGUUGGCGUCGUGGGACGUACUGGUGCAGGAAAGAGUUCACUUGCGUUAGCGCUUUUCCGUGCUUUGGAGGCGGAAGAGGGCAAGAUUCUUGUUGACGAUGUUGAUGUUGGAUUAAUUGGUCUACAAGAUCUGCGAGAGAAUAUCGUCAUGGUUCCGCAAGAUCCAACUCUCUUUACUGGCACUAUCCGCAGCAACCUCGACCCCUUCUCGCUCUUCACCGACGAAGAGAUCUACACUGCCCUCCGGGAAGUACAUCUCAUAUCCACGAUCUCAGAAGCCAAUUCCGUAGCCACUAGCCCCGAAGGACCUAGCACACCACGCGCUAUUGAGAUCCCCGAACCCGUUAUGUCCGCCGCUGCCGCCAACGCCGACGUCAAAGCUAGCGUCCCCGCCUCAACCACCAAUCCAGGCUCCAUCCUCGGAAAUUCACAGUUCAGUCGUGGCGAAACCAUCGACGAUGCCGUCAUCACCAUGCCCAACGGCAACCCCACUGCAGUCCCCGGCCCAGCAACUAUACAAGGCACCAUGCAAGCCGACAACAAAAACGCGUUCCGCAACCUUAAUUCUCCAGUCUCAGAAUCGGGCUCUAAUCUCUCGCAAGGCCAGCGGCAACUCCUUUGUCUAGCGCGCGCAUUACUGAAAGCGCCGAAAGUGUUACUAAUGGAUGAAGCGACUGCUAGUAUUGAUUACGCGACCGAUGCAAAGAUUCAGGAGACGAUAAGGGAGAUAAGGAAUACGACGAUUACGAUUGCGCAUCGGUUGCAGACAAUUAUUGAUUAUGAUAAAGUGUUGUUGUUAGACAAAGGUGAGGUGGUGGAGUUUGGGGAUCCCUGGGAUUUAGUGAGGAGGGAGGGAGGGAGCUUUAGGGCGAUGUGUGAAACGAGUGGGGAGUUGCAGAGUUUGGAGAGGGAAGCGAAGAAGGCUUUUGAUGAGAGGCAGCCGAAAUUGGUGGAGGUAGAGGGAGACAGGGAGAGAAGGGAGUAA